UCAUAACGAGGAAGACUUGAUCCCGAACAAUCGUUUCCAGUGUCGGGAAUUUUUAACAAACUACUUCUACUCGGAUGCUGGUGCAAUUUUCUUUGAAUAGAACAAUCCUGCUACUCCUCCUCUUUUAACUCAAGUUUCUAGAUCCGAUUGAGCGAUGGAGAAAGUUGAGGACAAAAUUCACGAGGCUCAAUAAAACUGAAAACCCUAACUGGGUUUACUAUGGACACAUGUCGUUCUUGGAAAAUUUCAUUAGACAUAGAGCGCCUAGAAAUGCAGUGCAGGGAAACGUAGGUAAUCUUCAAGGCAUCGGUAUCAUUCAACAACCUCGAGAGCUUGUAAGACCUAGGGAUGAACCUGUUAAUUUCAUGAGACAAAGACCACAAGGAAAUUUUAUCAAUCAUUUGGACAACAGAAACGUAGUACAGGGAAACGUUGGUAAUUUUCAAGGCAUCGGUAUCAUUCAACAACCUCGAGAGCUUGUAAGACCUGGUGAUGAACCUGCUAAUUUCAUGAGACAAAAACCACAAGGAAAUUUAAUCAAUCAUUUCGACAAUGGAAUCAUUGGCCAACUUCCACAGUUUCCGAGACCCGAUAUUCAGAAUUAUGAAAGAAAUCCUGGAGUACAUGCAAAUGCCACUGUUAGAGAACAAGGACAAGGAGAAGGUCAAGGACAAAGGCAGGGACAAAGACGAGGAGAAGAUCAAGGACAAGGACAAGAAGGACAAAGACGAGGAUCGUUUGAUAGUCGCAUGGAUUUGGAUAGUCACAUUUUUUCCCGACAUCUGACAGACAUUUGUUGCAAACUGAUACUCCAACUGUCGAUGUUGAUUUAUCAACUGUUGCCUCUUGUUCUGCGGGUGUCUUCCGAAAAGAAGCACAAGGUCCUUCUCUAAAUCUGGCAAAGAAUUGACCCGAACUUAUACUGCAGCUGUUAAUGACUUAUACUCAUCAUCAGAUUGUACUAAUGAUAUUUCGAUUGUUGAUAAUUUUAAACAGGAAAUUU